AUGCACCGACCUAUCCUUUUUGGCACCUUUCUUCUGGCAUGCUUCGCCAAAUUCUCCUCCGCCGCCCCAUCGGUCAACACAACCGAGGUCGAUAUUACCGACAGAGCAUUGAAGUUUCCCCACUGGGGCCGGUUCUGUACCGACACCGAUUGCAAAGAAGGCUGCGGAGAGUGGAUUAAAAUGACAGAUUCAGGUUGCGUUUCUGGCGAAGGCAGCAAUUCAUUCUACGUUAGAGACGGCGACUCUGGAAGCCCUCUGAUGCUGGUUAUUUCUGACGACGAUGGGUGUCCAUGUCAGAGUGAUUGCACAACCAAUCCAGACCUGGGAAAGGCCGGUACCUGCGUUAAGCUUCCGGAAAACAAGAAAUCCUGGCGAUUUGUUGAGAUAGGCUGGGAUGGUUGCCCUGCCAAUAACUGCCCUUAA